CCUGGGGUAGAGAGGUGAAUUGGUGAAUUCUGCAAACGCUUGUUAUUCUCUUCUUUUAAUAGUAACGUAAUAUACUCAUCAGGGGUUCAGAAGAGAUGUGUGGUGUGCCAUAAGCCACACGGAAAAUCAUUCUAAAUUAUUUAUAGGGUAUUGGCUGGGUGUGCAGUCUUGUACUGAGUUCUGUGGAGACCAACGUGAAGAUUCAGCUUCUGCAUUUUAUGGUUGGCAUCUCUUAGGGUGAAGGAGAGAGCACAGAAUGUACUUCCAGACUGAAUGGAGGUGAACAGCUGUGCUCCCUUCUGUGCAGGCUUUUUAGCCUGAAGAGUCUUUAAUCUGUGUCCUUCAGCUGAUGUAGAGUCAGAAGUGUGAGGAGAUCAUCUUCAGAACAGACUGGACUGGGUCUUUUCCCCCUUGGGACUGGAAGGUGGUGGUCACUUUUUCCCCAGUAGACAGGAAGCUGGGCUUUAUCUCCCCAGCAUUCCCAUCCCCUCAAGAGGACCGUGUCACUCCAGACCGGGGAGUGUGAGUCUUUAUCUGGGUUCUGUUUCCUCCGUGGGGCACCAGGUCCUGGGCAAGAGAACUUGGCAGGCUCUCCCCAUGGCGGUCUUAUUCCUCCUUCUGUUCCUAUGUGGCCCCCCGCAGGCUGCUGCAGACAAUAUCCAGACCAUCUAUGUAGCCUUGGGGGAGGCAAUGGAGCUGCCAUGUCCCGCACCACCCACUCUGAGUGGAGACGAACUCCUGUCCUGGUUCCGCAGCCCUGCAGCAGGCUCCUCCACUGCCCUGGUGGCCCAAGUCCAAGUGGCCAGGCCUGGGAGGGGGCCUUCCCCAGAGCCUGGGAAGUCUGUAAGGGCAUCCAGGCUCAAACUGCUGGGGAACUACUCUUUGUGGCUGGAAAAGUCCAAAGAGGGAGAUGCCGGUCGGUACUGGUGUGCUGUUCUGGGUCAGCACCACAAGUACCAGAACUGGAGGGUGUAUGAUGUCUCCGUGCUCAGAGGAUCCCAGCUAUCCGCGAGGGCUGCGGAUGGAUCCCCCUGCUCCGUCCUUUUAUGCUCUGUGGCCCCUGCCAGACGCCUAGACUCUGUGACCUGGCUAGAGGGAAGGGGUCCUGUGAGGGGCCAUGUACAGUCAUUUUGGGGCGAUGGGGCUGCCCUGCUCUUGGUGUGUCCUGGGGAACAGCUCUCUGAGUCCAGGGAACAGAGACCAAGAAUCAUCAGCUGCCUCAUGCCUCAUAACAAAGGGGUCAGCUUUAGCCUGGCAGCCUCCAUGGAUGCCUCCCCUGCCCUCUGUGCCCGUGCAACGGGCUGGGAUGUAUCCUGGAUCCUGAUGCUGUUGCUUGCAGCAGGUCAGGGGUUCACCAUCGUGGCCCUCAGCAUCAUGCUCUGGAGACAGAGGGUCCAGAGGGCUCAGUGCAGAGAUGCCUCGAUUCCUCAUUUCAAACCUGAAAUCCAGGUCUAUGAGAACAUCCAUAUGGCCCGUCUCAGCCCACCUGCCCACAAGAUCAGAUGAUCUCGAUGACAUCUGCUGGGAAGUGUGACCUGCUGUCUCUCCAGCCAUCUGGCACCUGAUUCGCCUGAAAUCCCUGGCAAGGGGGGAGGGGCUGAGAGUGCUACUUUACAGUCCAGCUGGUCUCCAGCAGUCAAGCUGUGUGUGUGUGUGUGUGUGUGUGUGUGCACGCAUGCUUGUGUGUUGGGGGGAGUUGUUGCUGAAGGAAAGGAGAAGCAUUAUCUUGUGACAUCACCUAUGA